AAGAACGCUCGGCACUUCUCGGAGACUGUCGUAACUGCUCGUCAUCGACCCUUUUCACUGCGGCUCCAUCGCUGAGCGGACUGGCCCGCUGUUCUCGUACGAGACCUCAGCGCUUACUGUCGGAUCGGUGAACUCCCAGCGCCGGCUCCCUGAAAGCCUCCAGCUGCUGUCCAAAUGCAGGCGAUUAAGUGUGUGGUGGUCGGCGACGGGGCUGUGGGUAAGACCUGUCUGCUGAUUAGUUACACCACCAAUGCCUUCCCCGGUGAAUACAUCCCCACUGUCUUUGACAACUACUCUGCCAAUGUGAUGGUGGAUGGGAAACCAGUGAAUCUGGGUCUGUGGGAUACAGCAGGACAGGAGGACUACGACAGGCUCAGACCACUGUCUUACCCACAGACGGAUGUGUUCUUGAUAUGCUUCUCCCUGGUCAGUCCGGCCUCCUUUGAGAACGUCCGAGCUAAGUGGUACCCUGAGGUGAGACACCAUUGCCCCAACACACCCAUCAUUCUGGUGGGCACCAAGCUGGAUCUACGAGAUGACAAGGACACCAUUGAGAGGCUGCGGGACAAGAAGCUGUCCCCCAUCACCUACCCGCAGGGCCUGGCCAUGGCGAGAGAGAUUGGAGCCGUGAAGUACUUGGAGUGCUCUGCGCUGACCCAGCGAGGCCUGAAGACGGUAUUUGACGAGGCCAUCCGGGCUGUGCUCUGCCCCCCACCCGUGAAGAAGAGGGGGAAGAGAUGCACCAUGUUCUAAGGAGGAAGCACUGCUAACACUACACCACAUCACCAUGAACAACAACCACUACUUCUCUGAGAGGAUGAGAAAGAAAACUAGCGAGAGUGAGUGUGCACUGCUGAGAUUGCUUUCUUUAUAUCGAUGUUUUUUCAAAAUCAUAUUGGUAGGACCAAUAUUUAACCCAGUUUUUUUAACCAUUACAGAGUAAGGUCAUAGGUUCUCUGUGAAAGACAAUGACUGUCCAACUGCUUUGUACUCAUAGACACGUGUCAUGUUGCCACGAGGGCUCACAAAGACUUCUUAUCUUCUUACUGCAAAGUCUUUUGUUUCUCAGCUAUGCUUGCUUGAAAUAAUGCAGUGUUGACUAGAUAGAACAUGAACUGUGAAUACGCCUUCAGCUCUGAAGUUACCCUCAGCUUCUGAUCUAGGAUCAGCACAUUAAAAGAAAUACUGCCUUCAUUCGUUCAGCCCUCAUUUCUGACAGUAUGCACAGCGAGGUCCCCCCUGAGAUCUGUGGUCACAUGACAGAAACACCAGCAGUUAGACUCUCUGACAGCUUGGUUCACUGGCGGGUGUCCUGAUUGGCAUUUUAUUAUUCCCGAUCCAAACCAAGUUCUUUAAAAUGGCAAGGUAUUCAAGUUUGCUCCAUACUGCCAGAUCAGCGUCUCAUUAUUAAACAGCUCAUUGGAGAAAGGCUGUGCUGUUUCCCUCAGACUGGGCAAACGGCCCAAGAUGCUCCCUGUAGUUCUUAGCUAGCACAGUGACUGUAACGAUGGUCUAACUGCUUGUAUUUGUUCAAUCCUCUCAGUAACCUGUCGAGUUAGGACAGAUUUCCUGCCAAACGAUCACAUCAGCGCUGCAGUCAAAGUAUAAACAUGUAACCGUGAACUCAUCCUCUUGGGUUUCGUCUCAGUAAAGCCACGCACAGACUCAUAAUCAUAGCCCGUGUCAUCGUUCUUAACUUUUCAAUGAGAAAAAAGAUUUUCAGUGAGACACAAAGGUUUAACUGGAGGUUUCAGUCAAAGCUUGUCUGUUUCAUAACUGUACUUUAGAGGUCUACCUGCAAACCUUUCGCUCGCUUCCAGAAGCAUCCUCUGAUCAGUUGAAGAAUUAUUUGGCUAUGCCCCUCCAGCGUGUUCUUGCUUCAGUCGCCUGAUCUUGGUCAAUUUCUUUGGGUAACUAUUCUUAACUGUGAAGAUGUGACAGACGAGCUUGCCAAACACACGGGGGCUGUACAACCUUGCUGCCUGAGUUCUGCCUGUGGGAGUGGAGGAGCUUGCAUGGGUCUUAAAAUAUUCUGUCUUAAUUUAUCCCAUUGUUUAGACUGUGUGUGUUUGUGCGCAAGCACAUGAAUGCGUGCGUGACAGGUGUGUUUGCGUGCGUGCACGGUGGGCGGGCAUGUGUCGGUGUCAGUGAGACAGUUUGGGGUAGUGCAUAAGAGACAGUAUUGUUUUAAGCCAAGUUUUUUAGUGUCCAGUUUUUGGUACUAUUUCAUAUUGUAUUGUAGUAAAACACAAGACUUUUCAACAAUCUGUGACAUAAAGGAAGGAAAACACACGAAUAUCAGUGACAUCCAGUCAUGUACAGAAUAAUCCUCAGAAAAGGAAUGCGUUAUGAAUAUCUACAUGUACCUGAAUAUUUAGCUCGUAAAACUAAAACAAUUCAAACUAAAGGGAUUCUAGUUGCUCAUGUCGAAGUUAGAAGUGUCGCUAACAGUGUACAAUAAAGGGCCAAUCGUUGUGGAGUUUGUCGUCAUGGCAAACAGUGCAGAUUGCACCUUUAUGAAAUGCAUUUCUGUAUGGUCGCAGGCCUGCUGUGUGUCUGUCUCCCCCGUGUGGCGAGACGCAGCACUGCAGUGCUCCGUUAUGCUGUCUUUGGUUGGCAUAGCUGUGUGGUUGAAUCAUGUCGUGUGGUCCUGCCUAGCUAAGGUGUCGAAAUGUAGCUGAGAAACAGCAAAAGAAAAAAAACUACUACUAUUGCAUGGAAGUUCUCUGGUUAUUUGACCCACUGUAACUCUUAGGAGAGGUUGUAUGAUGAAAUGCAUUGGCCAUGUACGUAUGUAAUGUAAGAUGACUUGUAUACUUGUUUCAACUGUUUGUCUUAUUUUUUAUUACUUCACAUGUCUGUGUGGUGACAUAUUUCAAUUUUUUGUAUACUAAAUACAAAUGUAUAUGUAAGGUA